CUCUCCCCAUCUCUCGAAGUCCACUUAGUGGAAGCUAAAGUGUGUUGCUUAAGAAGAAUCUCAGUGCCCUGUAAACAAAAGAAUUCCAAGUGCAGACGCUUCAGGAAACAGCACAAAAUUAUAGAAUGCUGAAAGUGAGAGAUCCCGCAGAGAUCCUUUGUAGUGACUGGAGUUAAAAACAGGUCAGACCAGAAUAACCAGUAUGAGCUCUUAAGGCUGUUCUUAGCAUUUCUUUCCCAACCUAAAUCUUUAUAUACAGCAGCUGGCAACUUUUCGGCAAUCUCUGUGAACCUGACAGAAAGCCCAUCCAGUCACCGCAUACACAUUGGGGUCCUUCAGCCGUGGCUACCCUUCUCUAUUCCAUGAAGAGUUUCUAAGGGUCGGUUGGUUGCUGGGCUCUUAAUUCCCACACUGCUCACAAUACUGGGGAGAGGGAAAUCAUGACUCCCCCCCCCACACACACACACACAUACAUGUGGACCAUUUUAGACCUUCCACAUGCGAGAAGUGGGAUUGCCAAGGGCGACGGUCACUUUUGGCUAGCCGAUGGCUCCUUUUUCUCCGUGCACUUGGACAAACACUUGCUAUGCGCACAGUAGAUCCCGGAGGCAAAGGAGAUGAUCUCAUUCUUGCGCGGGCAGGUGUGGACACCCGGGUAGGGAGACGCGGCAGCUAGGCCGAGCCCCGACCGCACCCGCGCGCCCGCCGCGGGAGCCAGGUGCCCGCGCCCAGUCGCCCUGUCGCCCUGUCGCCGGGUCGCCCGGCAGGAAGUGGCUGCGGCUGCGGGGGAGCGGCGGGGCGGGGAGGCGCGGCGCCCGAGCCCCAGCGCGCGGAGCCGGUCCUCAUGGCGGCGCGGGUGCCCGCGGGCCCCGAGGACGACGCCUCGGCCGUCCUGGACGAGCUGUCUCGGAACUUCACGUACUGGGCGCCGGGCCCGGGCAACGGCUCGCUGUCGAGCGCCUGGUACCGCAGGAACCAGGUUCACCUUUUUGGAGUUUUGCUGGCUAUUUUAGGAAACUUAGUGAUCAGCAUUUCUCUAAAUAUCCAGAAAUAUUCUCACCUUCAUUUGGCCCAGAAAGAGCACCCAAAGCCAUACUUUAAGAGUGUGCUUUGGUGGAGUGGAGUCCUGCUGAUGGCCACAGGAGAGGUGGGGAAUUUCGCAGCCUAUGGAGUCGCCCCCAUCACUUUGAUCGCACCGUUGGGCUGUAUGUCGGUUACAGGUAGUGCCAUAAUUUCUGUUAUAUUUCUAAAAGAAAAUUUGAGAGCCUCGGAUUUACUAGGUAUGACACUGGCAUUUGCAGGAACAUAUUUAUUAGUGAAUUUUGCUCCAAAUAUGACCCAGGACAUCUCAGCAAGAACAGUACAGUAUUACUUUGUUGGCUGGCAGUUCCUGGUCUAUGUGAUUUUAGAAAUCCUAGUUUUCUGCAUCCUUCUGUAUUUCCAUAAAAGAAAAGGAAUGAAGCACAUUGUGAUCCUGCUCACCCUGGUGGCACUCCUUGCCUCAUUGACUGUGAUUUCAGUGAAAGCUGUCUCAGGCAUGAUCACUCUCUCGGUGACGGGUAAAAUGCAGCUCACGUUCCUGAAUCAAGCCACAAAGCUCUACACGAUGACCACAGUGGUUCCAGUCAACCAUGUUUUCUUCACAACUAGUGCCAUCAUCGCAGGCAUCAUAUUUUACCAGGAAUUCCUUGGUGCUGCUCUUCUCACUGUAUUUAUAUAUCUCUUUGGGUGCUUUCUCUCAUUCCUUGGAGUAUUUUUGGUGACGAGAAAUAGAGAAAAUGACCAUCUACAACAGUCUUUUAUUGAUUUUGGAAAUAUUCCUGGGAAACAAAUGUUGGACAAAAUACAACCAGAUUCAAAUGGCUUAUCCUAUGGAACCUUGCCUGAUGGAAGUGACUCAACCCGGAGCCAGAGUGGAGAGAAGAAAGAAGCCUAAAAUGCUGAGAGGGAUGCCGUUGGCCUGUUAUUCAAUACCACCUUUUUAAAACAUUGCACAUGUUCAAUUUGUGUCAGCAGCUAUUUCACGCUGACAUGUGUGCACAUUCGAUUCAGUCCUCUCCCCCACUGUGGACAAUCAGGGCCCUCCUAAUCUCUAACAGUCUAAUGCUUUCAUGGAAUGUAACUCAAAGUGCUCCCCACACCCUGCAUCUCUCCCUAGCGAUCAUCUAACUGGCUGUAUCUUAAUGAGAGCCUGGCUGCUUGAGCAGGAUGUCACACAAAAAUGUGCGCUCAAGAUUUGGCCAUAGAAGGCAUAGGUUGCUCCUCCAUGUGGCUUGCAGAAUCAGCUUGUUGGCUUCAAAACACUCUCUGCUGCCACAACCUGUCUUUAAAGAAAGGUCUGAUGUGCUUCUCUUGGGCAUUUUCUACGAGCCUUUCGUGAGGACUUACUCCUUUUUCCCUGUCAGGAUGGCAAAUCUUCUUUUCAGAAAACCAACUCUGUUAAAAUCCUCCUUUGAAAAUAAAGGGCUUCUUUAAAAAACAGAAUUUACAAAUGGUAUUCUGUGUUGGUAUAUACCAAAAACUCAAAGACCUGGCUGCUGGCAUUUUUUUUUUCUUAGAAAAAAGGGGGCCUAUGGGGGCUGGGGAUUUAGGUCAGUGGUAGAGCACUUGUCUAGCAAGCACAAGGCCCUGGGUUCCGGUCCUCAGCAGGGGGGGACCUAUGCUGGGCAGUGGUGGUGCACACCUUUAAACCCAGCACUGGGGAGGCAGAGACAGGUAGAUCUCUGAGUUCAGGACCAUCCUGGUCUACAGGGUGAGCUCCGGGACAGCUAGGGUUACACAGAGAAACCGUGUCUCAAAAACUUAAGAAAAAAAUGGGGGUGGGGAGCAUUUAAGACAUAAAACGGUGCUCACCUCUGUGGCAUAUGUACUAAAAUUCAAACAGCACAUUUUAUCAUGGUCUUUGUGUUAAGUAUGAUACACAAAUUUUUCAAGUGUUAAAAAUUUUGCAGCAAUGUUUAUUUUUUCAAUAAAACUCUAGAAUGGUAGUAUUUUCUCCAGCCUUAUGGUCCUAUUAUAUUUACAUUGAAAUUGAAGGAAAACAUGUCAUAUGCCUUAAGUUGUUACAGACCCUAUACUUUAUUGGGUGGGUUUCUAUGUUUUAGCUUCCAAUACAAGUCUCAAAAUGGCAUUUAGAUUCUUAGGAUAUUCGUACUACACACUGUUUCUCCCUCCAAGUCCUCUGAAGCUUUGCUACUGUGGAAUUUCUUUCUGUAUGCUGUGAAUAUAUGUGGCUCCCAUUGGAUAAUAAAUAAAGCAGUUUUGGCCUAUGGCAAGAAAGCUGACAGCCAGGCUGGAAAUCCAAGCAGAUACAGAGAGAAGAAGGGCAGAGUCGGGAGAUAUAUGAGCUGCUGCCAAAGGAGCAACAAGAUGCCAGCAGACUGGCAAUGCCAUGGCCAUGUGGCAACAUAUAGAUUAAUAGGAAUGGAUUGAUUUAAGAUCCAAGAGUUAGCUAGCAAGAAACUGAAGCCAUAGGCCAUACAGUUUGUAAUUAGUGUAAGCCUCUGAGUGAUUAUUUUAUAAGCAGCUGCAGGACUGUGGGGCCAGGCAGGACUGAGAAACUUCUGGCUACACUUGGCCAGUUUUUCUAGAAAAGGAAAAUCAUGAUCAGAGAAUUGGGUCUCAGCUCCUUGAAUCUGGCUAUCGACUAUAGCCAAUAGAAGAACCUGUGCCUUGUAUGACUUCUCUGCUUCCCCUUAGCACACUCACUAACAUACAUUUGCAGGCAGAAUCUGUAGUAACUUUUAUUGUUUGUGCUAUACCUAAUAUUUAAACAAUGAGAAAAGAGGACACAUUUAUUGUAACUAAAUAAUAAGAUCCAUCCUUAAUGACACUUUAAUCAUGCCACCCAGUGUCACUGAAGACUUGUGUUUGUGCAUGGCGCUAAACUUGGAGCUAGUGAGAUGCUAAUCUUAAUUGUUUCUAGUCUUUUAAUGUUUUAUUUAUUAUAACCUGAACUCCUGACCAAACUGGAAUAACCCAAAGCCCAUCUCUGACUUCAAAUUAUUAUUAACAGUUCCUGCCACUGUGAAAAGUGUCCCAUUAAUCUGGAUGCAACAGUCAGAUAAUUAAUGACAUGUUUUACUGAAUGGGUGCAGCACGUUGGCUCUGGGAGGCUCAGCUAAGUUAUGUGUCUGGUGCCUUAAACAACAAAUUUCUAGUAAAUCUUGACAUUAGUUUCAAAGAUUGGGAAGCAAUUAGAACAACGAGUUUUCCUUGAACUGGGACCACGUUCAUAGUUACAACACCCAGUUUUGAGCACUGUAGAAUUUUGCAGACAUGGCGUAACAACAGUAUGUUGGUACCCUCCAACAUUUGCAUGAAAGGUUUUGAGAAAUGAAAUUCAUUAUUCGGUACAGAAAUGCUUUUGAAAUCAAGGUUAGAUAUAUUAUAUUCAGACCUAAUUUUACUAACUGUGGUGCACCAAACCAAGGUGGAUAGAAGUCUUAGUUUACUGGCCUAUAGAGUGUUUCUCUCCCUCUUUUUCAUGCUCAGUGCCUGACAACAGCCAAAGCCAACCCACCCCUUCUGGAGUUGUAAGCUGGGAACCUUUGGCCAACAUUUGGCUCAUCUGACUGUUUGUCUAGACCAAGGAUUGGCUUUUUCAGUAAAGACUUAAAAAGUAAAUAUUUGGGGGUUUGUGUUGUCCAUAUGGUAUCUGUCCCUCACUACUCAGCUAUUCCAUCAUAGCACAAAUGUAGCCAUAGACAAUAUGUAAACAAGUGAGAAUGGAUGUACAUCUGUAAUUAUUAACAAACAAAAAAAUUAGUAGCCAAUCCAUGUCUGUAGUUUGCCAAGGCCUGGUCCAGACUCUUUGCCCUUGCUAUCCAACUUUUUUUCUUGUUUCUUGAGCACUGGAGAGCUAAAAAAAAAAAAAAGAAAAAAUUGACACUUCAUGGUUUGUGACAAAUCAGAUGCUUGAUAUUUAUAUUAGGAUCAUUUUGCUUAUAUAAGAAAUAAAUGGAUUUGUUAUGAGUUUA